AUUUAUCCUGAUCCAUACAAUCAUUGAUGGGAGAUUUAGUCGUGUGCCCAGGGGAGAGGCUCUUCAAGGCGGCCGAGUACGUGGCUAGUUCUGGUACUUACGUCAAGGGAGAUCACAUCUGCGCCUCUUUAGUGGGAAUCCCUCAAUCCUUUGCAGGCAGCUCCAGUGCAGAAGACAAGAGACCGGUGGUUGAAGUUCUCCGCAGCGGCUCAAGAGCAAAGGUUCCUGAAACUGGCAACAUCGUCAUAGCGAAGGUCAACAAAGUCAAUCCAAGAUUAGCUUCGGCCAGCCUUCUGUGCGUGAACACUCAGCCCCUCACCGACAGCUUUUCUGGGAUCAUACGGCAGCAGGAUGUCCGUGCUACAGAAAUCGACAAGGUUGAGAUGUACUCCUGCUUCCGGCCUGGGGAUCUGGUGAGAGCAGAGGUCAUCUCGCUGGGCGACUCACGGUCCUACUAUCUUUCAACAGCCAAGAACGACCUCGGAGUGGUGUAUGCAAAGAGCCUCAAUGGUGCACCCAUGAUCCCCCUCAGCUGGCAAGAGAUGCAAUGCCCAGUGACAAAGGUGGUGGAGAAACGAAAGGUGGCCAAGGUCAACUGAACAAAAGUGAGCACAGAACAAUAAGACAAUGCCAGGGACAGUCUUGGUCACAGUAGGCAGCACAAAGUUUGAUGAGCUCAUCACAGCAGUGGACAACAGACAGUUUGCAGAUGAGCUGGUUGCGC